AUGGGUGUUUCGGGCCUUUGGGACAUUAUUGACGAAAAACUAGGGGAAACUCCCCGAAGAAUUAGAUUCACCCAAUAUGCCGAUGAGUGCUGGCAGAGAACAGGCCAACCAACGAGAAUAGGUGUUGAUAUAUACCAGUGGAUUUUGUCAUGGAUAAGUACUGCUGAAAAGAAAGAAGUGAACAAGGGUGAAUCCACAUUACGGAUGAUCGAAUCCAAAACGAGAGUGUUGAUUGCGGCGCAUGUGUCAUUUCUGUUCGUGUUUGAUGGUGUGGCUAAAGAGUUCAAGAAGAGAUGGGGAGACUCUGGAGGAGAACUGAAUGACGGAGAUUACCUCCAGAAAUACAACGCAAUCUGUGGACUUGUGCAGACGAGCGAUGGAGAUUCCGAGUUGCAGCAGAUCAUAGGCAACGUCAAGAAGAUGUUUGAUGAAAUGAACAUAUCGUACGUGCAAGCACCUGGCGAUGCUGAAAUUGAACUGGCCCGUUUAAAUGCAAGCGGUGUCCUCGAUGCGGUGAUAACUAACGAUGGUGACGCUUUGAUAUACGGAGCUCGUAUCAUGCUGAGGAACUUCUCGAAGAACUCGAAGGAUGCACCUUACAACUCUACGGGUGAAAAACAUUUUUACGUGACUAUACUUGAUGCCCGCGAACUCGAGACGAAGACAGGUUUCAGUAUGGAGAGAUUGAGAUUCUUCAGAGUAAUGUCGGGAGACGAUUACUUUGGUGGCUUGGAGGAUUUCGGACAGCUGAAGGCAUCACAACUGGCACUUGUCGGGACGCCUUUUUUCAAGAGAAAGGACGACGAGAGUCUUCCAAACGAGGAGGAUAAAGAGGUAGAUUUCACAAGAAUGCUCGACAGGAUAUAUAUGCCCGAAAGUAACACUUUGAUGCAGAUAUUGAAGUGUCUGAACUUCCCAACUCUCAAAAAGAGGAAGGACGAUCUCUUCGAGUUUGAGUCCAAACUGAGAGAUACCAUACAGAAACACUCAGCAUAUUACUUCGGCAGGAAUUACUCCAGUCUCAAGUUCAGGUGUGACGACGAACACAGUAUUAGUAUGGCCUUUCUGCCGCCUCUGGCCAACACGCUCUAUUUGUGGAACGUGAAUGACACUAAUUAUGCUUCAUACGAGCCGAACAAUAUCCAGAUUGAACUUUCCAGAAUUCCACAGGGAGCAUGCAUCACGAAGCACUCAGAAGACAGUAUAACGGUUCUUAGAUCCUCUGGCCAAGAAUCAGUUUUCAGGUACAAUCCGCAGAGAAAGACGUAUGUUUUCACAGAUGUCAUUGGUGGAAAACGUCCACACGACUGGUUUGCGAAAAGCCAGAUCUUUCUUCCGACGGAUGAGCCCAAAAUGAAACGAAUUGCAGAGGCCUAUGUGACUAGAGCUAUCAUAUGUGGAGACUCCGCCAUGGUGGGACCUCUUCAUAUAGAUAAGAAGUCCACCGACACUACCCAGGAACCCGAAUACAGAGUGAAAUAUCAACCCUUUAGAAUCCUGGGCCUUGAAAAUGCUACAACAACCUCGUGUUGGAUAAGCAGCACGAGGCUGAUGCUUUGUGGACAAGCCGGAGAGAAGUUGACUAUGAAUUUUCAAAUCAGACAAAGUUCUGCCGAGGAGGAGAGGACUCGCAAAAGCGCAGCAAAAAUACUAAAAGCUCCCAAAAGCCCUACAAAGCAACGAAAAAAUCAGAUCGACAGAAAUCAGAGGACUAUCGUCGAAUUUGAUAAUAUUUUCAGAAUCAAAAAAUUCAGUGGUUCUGGGGACUACACCAAACCAGUGUCCAGGCCUCUGGAAAGUCCCGGAAGUCAAUACCACCCCGGAAAUGGCCCCGUCUCCCCGGACAGAGAAAGGCGCGAUAUUUUCGAGCAAUCUGAGCCCAACACGCCGGCGAACCAGUCUCGGGUCCGAAAGUACGAUUUUGUGGACUUAACUGUGGAGAGCUCAGACGAGGACUGA